UAACAUGAUUAUAUUAUGACUAUUCAAUAACUUUUAUUUUGAGUUAUACUCUUUUUAGUGUGACUAUAAAUCCUCUGUCGAGCCCUUUUGGCUAACUCUGGCGCAUUAACAGAAUGUUCAUUUAACGUUAUGUGCACUGCCACUGUUAAAUAAACCAUAUAUAGUAACUAGUAUAGUAACUAACUAGGCCAUUUUCUUCUAAUGAUUGAAAUUAUUUAAUCUUACAUUUUGCUCCAGAGGACCCUCUUCAAGCCAAUUUAGCCUUUAUAUCGGCAUCACUGUACAUUGUUUUUCUCUUUUUAGCUAAAUUAUCAUGUAGCUAAAGUUAGCAAUUGUAGUGGAGAAAUCAUCACCGCGCGCGCUGUUUGCUCCAGACUUGGUCACAUCGGUCCUCAUCAGCAAAUAUGAACUGUGUUUUGGAAGGAAGUGGUGUAAAAGCAUUUGGAAAGGCUAUUCAUGCCCUGUCACGGAUUGGAGAUGAACUGUGGUUGGAUCCCAUGGUUAGAGGGCUGGCACUGAGAUCAGUGAAUUCUGCUCAUUCUGCAUAUGCCUGCUUCCUCUUCUCGCCGCUGUUCUUCCAGCACUACAGCCUGGGAUCAGCAUCAGAGCAGAGCAGUGAAACAAUCAAAUGCAAACUGGCCAUGAAGUCUAUUCUACCUAUUUUCCGCUGUUUGGCUUCGAUUGAGCGUAAUGUGGAACGAUGUCAAAUAUCAAUCGGCACUCCCGAUGACCGAGUGAUGAUCCAGUUUUUCUGCAGGCAUGGCAUCACUAAGACCCACAACCUACGUUUUCAGGAAAGUGAGGCUCUGCAGGCAGUGUUUGCCUCGCACCUCUGCCCCAAUGUGCUGAAAGCUCCUGCCAGGCUUCUAGAGUAUAUGGUGUAUGCUUUUCCAAGUUGUGAAGAUACUAUUUUACUUGGAUUUACUUCUGUCACAGAUCACAUGAAGACUAUGUGCACUGAGAUGUCCUUACACCCAGACGAGUUUGACUACUUUCAGAUCGGAGUAGAGUCGGACAUAACUUUCUGUCUGAAGGAGUUGAGGGGUUUACUGUCCUUUGCAGAGUCACAUUGCCUUCCUGUGUCCGUCCACUUCGGUGCUGCAGGAAAGCCUGUGUGCUUCUCUGUGGAGGACAUGGUCCUGGAGGCUACUGUGGUGCUGGCUACUCUGAGCGACUCUGAAAGCAAGGGCUCCUCUCAGCCUACAGAGACGCUGGCCCCUUCUACCCCCAGGUGUUUAGAUACUGCUGUUCUACCUGUGGGUUCAUGUGAGGCAGACAGCAGUAUGGCUCAGGAUAAUCCUGCUGUCAUGGAGAUGAUACCAUCCAGCCAGGGCAGCCCUAUAACCAACCUACCUGCUCUUAUGCUGCUGCUGCAGCCUGAGACCGAUGACCCUAACAGGCGCGGUGUAGAUGAUGAGGCCUUUGCCAGUGCCACCUCGACUCCUGCUUCCUCCAUGAUCUGCUCCCUCCUGUUCAGGGCCUCAGACCAGGACGGUGAUGGCUGUGCUGCCAGACUGCCUGUUCUGGCAUGCUACAGUGACGAAGAGGAGAAUUUGGAGGAAGACUACACAAGAAGCCCUUCCCUCUGAGAACAGGGCUGA